GGCUGCUGCUGCUGCUGCUUUUCCCCCCAUGCCCACCAGCACUGGGGAGGGGGCAGAGCUGCCGGGGUCCCUCGCUAUCAGCCGAGAGCUGUGCGGUGCCCGUGCUGCGGGGUGGCUCAGCGGGACAGCCACGCAGAUCUACCUGCUCAAGGUGCUGUAACAUGUCCAGGUAGGACACCACCAGUGUGAACAUCAUCCCAAGACAGUCACUCCAAGCCAUCCCUGUCAGGUGGCUCCUCUGCUUCGGCCAGCAGCCAGACAGAGGUGAAGACCUGGGAUUGCUCCCCUUGUGAGAGGCAUCCAGUCACUGCCCACAGCACUCGUAGGGAUGGAUUCCAAAGGCAACGUCCGAAGUGGAAACAAACCCGACGCCAAGGCCCCCAGCUCUGGAAAGCCAGAAAAGCCCAGCCCUAUGCCUGCCACGAAUGCAGACAAGAAGGAGACCCCCAAAGAGCAGCCUGCUCCUGCCGCUGCCACCAAGAAGGCAGGCGGCGAUGCUGCCGUCGUGAACAACCACAGCAACCUGAAACCCAGCCCAGCCGCCACGGAGACACAGGAGGCCACCGGCCAGUCCCCUGACUCUGACCACAAGGGAAACAGCUCCGAGGAGUCACCAGGCAGCAUCUUCGACAACAUGAAGCCCUUGAUCGUCAUCGGAGGAGUGGCAGUGGCUGCGCUAGCUGUGAUUGUGGGAGUGGCGUUCCUAGCCCGGAAAAAAUGAAGACCGAGGCAGGGUGGGCUGAGAAACCCAGCCUGGCUGUACAGCUCCUUUUGAGACAAAUGCAUGCAGAAAAAUUCUAUACAUAUCUAUAUAUAUAGAGCGAGCUAGAUAGGUCAACAACAAACACCAACCGCAACUCCAAGAGUCUUGUUCAAGACAACUGUGCCAGUUUGACCCGAUGUGGGUAACUCCAUGCACUCAGUGUGUUCUUUUCAUGUAAUAUAUCUUGGCUUAUACCACUGUGUAUAGAUUACAGCUUCUCCUGAUCGGUGUAAAUGACGGUGUCCCCUCCCCUCCCUGCUGUCCUCUCUGGGAGACACCCCCACCUCUCUUGCAGUUCCCUGUUCUCAAGUCCAAAGUGUUCUUUGUCCCAUCCAGAGUCCCUGCUUUGUGUUUUGGUUUCUGUUUGGUUUGUUUUUAAGUUGGGUUGUGGUGAGGAAGAUGUAAGGCGAGAUGGAGCCAAGUGAGAAGACCCAGUUCACCCGUCACUGUGUGUAGGGCAAAGUGUGAUCUCUAAUAGGUCUCGUGUACCUGCUGCUCAUCGACCCACCGUUAGAAACCCAACUCCAAUGUGCCCCAGAGAAACCAGGCUGGCUGUAGCUGGAAGCUGCAGCAUGGCAGAGCUGAGUAACCAGCUCAGGACAUCACACAAGUCUUUUCACUGGCUGAGCUGCCAGCUAGGGAGUGAGUGGAAGGACCAUGCCAUGACCGACAGUGCAGGUAGCAGUGUAUGGAGAUACCUGGCAAAGUCCUGUGCCAAUUGCAGGCAGACAGCAGCUGCCAUCUGCUUGGUUUCUUGCACAUUGGCUGCCUUCAAGAUCCUGUGGAUCACCAGGGUCACAGGGCAGUAUUCAGGGACAGAGAGGCUUUGUUUUGGAUCUAGUAUUUCCUAAAUUUAGGCUGGGCUUUGCAAGAUGCUAUGGCCUCAGCCCGAACUCCCUUGAGGUCAGCUGGACUCUGUUUCUUGGGGGCUUGGAUGAGGCUGUUCACCUGGUGUUUUCCCACUGAAGGCUCUGGCCUCGCUGUAGAUGAGAAGGUAGGAAAACAGGGAGACACAAGCUGGUUUUAGGGGCAGAAAAGAGCUGGGACCCCAUAAGAAAUAACACUGACCUGCUUCACACCAAGGAAACCCUGGUCAAGGGCACUGGAAAUCCAUCUGGUGAUCCCAGGGUGAAUUCCCACCUCCCUCCGGUGAGUGGCAGGGAUCUGUGACUCCUCCACAUCUUGGAAAUGGAAACAAAUUCCCAGUACUGGGGAACAGCCUGGUUUCAUUGGUGAGUACCCCAGAUCUAAAGCCAGACCUUGCAAGAAGGAAGGCAGGCGACCAGAGGGUGUGCAGUGCAUUGGCAGAUGACCUUCGCCUGACACCAAGAAGUGGGCAGAUCUUACUCUGAGAGUUUCCACUAGGCUAUUUUUGGCUUCCGUGCUACUGCAAAAAGGCUCUUUACCUUGCUCUGUGUUUUAAAACUAGGUUAGAGCUCAGAUGAGGUCAGAGAUUAGAUGAGGUCAGAAUCACAGGCUCUCUGGAGCUCAAGCAGCAGUUGCAGCCAACGGAGUUUUGCAGUGAUGCUUAGAAAAAGGUCAUGAGAAGGUGGGGUGAGUUCAGCAGAAAUCAGUUAAAGAGCCAAGUUGACAUGUCUUUGAGCCUGGAUGUAUAAAUUUGGUGGGUACUGGGCCAGAGAAAGGCCUUGGGUACUGUCUUUGCAGUACCUGCUUCUGGUAAAAUUACUGGAUAGCAUGGUGGAUGUGUAUAACUCAAUCUGGUAAUUCUUCUCUUGGCUCACAUCCUAAUUUGCCUCCAAAUUUGUCCUGAUGAAUGCAUAUGGCUUCCCCAGACAAAAGGCCUUUUUGACACAGCCUGACCAUUCCUAUGCUGCACUUUGUCAUCCUCCUCUUUUCCCCAAGGCUCAUAAAAUAUUCCCCAAAGGUAUUCCUCUGGGAGUACCAGAUGCUCUCUUCUGAUGAACAACAGGCUGCUUGCAGCCUGAGUUUAACGUCUACCUCCACUUUUACAGAGACAGGAGAUGGUUAUGUUGGGUUCACGGUGGUUUUGGUGUGAGUGCUAACAGCCCCAGGGGAAAUCCUGGUAGCUGAAAGCACUCUUCCUCUGUAUUGUGGACCUGCCUCCUAGCAGCAGUGUUGGAAGCAGAGGGUCCAUGGCUAGGUGCCUCUAUAAUGCCACUUUUGUCUAAAGAACUGAUUUCCCCUCAUCCUGUUCUGCAGAUGUUUAGUGGUUCACUUUUUUUUUUUUUUUUUUUUUUUUUUUUUUUUGUGGGUGGGAGAAGGGAGUACAAGCAACAGGAGUGUGAGGUAUUGGAGGAAGCAGAGAUGUGAGACAGAACAUAACUCAGAAGCAGUCCCAGCAACGCUCCCUUACAGCAGCUGUGGGAGGGCUUUGCAAGAGCACACAGUGGGGCUGCCGCAUCUCCUGCCUGCACCUAAACUGAGAGCCUGGGGGUGCUGCGGAGCCCCCAGACCCCGGCAGCGCCCUUGGUACAUCCUUGUGCCAUGCUGGGGUGAGGCCCCAUUGCACACCAGCUCCCCUGCUGCUGCUUGCACCCUGAUCUAUGCAUUCUGCUUUCCCCACGAGGGAGCUUUUGGUGCACAAGCCAGAAGCAAACUGGAGUGCAAUGCGGCCAGCAACCUGUUUGGGUACAGGGAUGGAUAUUCCUGCACUCUCCUUCCCUCAGAUCUCUUGGGAAGAGAUUUCAGCUUUUGGCUGCCGGGAAUUUUGUAGGAAAUUUUGCUUAUGUUGCCCAUGAGGAAGGGAAGCCGGCUAUCCCUGUUCUGAUUCUUGUUUUGCCAAAGCAGGGCUGGCGAUUUUCAGACAUCGACUUCUGUUUCCAGUCCUGUCUUCAAAAAAAAUAAUAUUUCUAUCUGCCCUGUCUACUGCUCCCUUUCAACCCCUGAUGUGGGAUUUUUUAUUAUUUUUAAUUAUUUUUUUUUUUUUAGCAGUGUGUGACAUUACAGAUGCAGCAUCUAGCCAGCAUAGGUAGAUGCAGGGGGAGGAAAAAGGAACACCUGCCUCAUUUGAGUGCUUUUUUUUUUUUUUCUUUUUUUUUUUUUUUGUCUGCUUGAGUUUUCUUUCUAAAGUGUUUUAGUGUUUUUAUUUCCUUGGCUUAAAGUUCAGCAAGGGAAGAGGGGAAAAACAGUUCUCAGCCAAUGUGGGCCUUAACCAUUUCUGUCCACAUCCAGCCCCCCUUGCCCUUAGGGCACGUGGAUGGAUUCAAGGCCAGUAACUUCAUCCACAAACACACCACAGAGAUGGUGCCGGGACUGCAGCUCAUCCUCUGGGUAUGUAACCAUGUGCUAGCCCUCGCUAGGCAGUGAACGUGGUUUGUCUUGUCCGCAAGGGAACUUAAGCUUACUGCAAUCAAUUAACAUCGCCUGCUGUCUGGAUCCUUUUUCUGGAGCCCACCUCUUUGGUUUGGAAAAACACCUGUGUCUAUGUGUGCGUGUGUGUGUGUGUCUGUACACCACCCUGCCUUGAAUAUUCUGUGUAUGUAUGUAUACUUGCAGAUUUAUAUUACUGCAGUCUGGGUAAAGCCACAUUCUUUGUAAGGAAAAGAAAAAAGAAAACACACAAAACAAACCUGGAGAUGACCCUUCAUUUGUUCCUCUGCAUUCACACAAAGUGUCCGUGAUGUCUUUUCUGUGCCAUUCACAUCACACCAUGCAGCACCCGAAUUCCUUUUUCUGUCCUGGUUUCUUCUCAGAGCAAAGAAUGUAUGGCGAGCGAACUGCCGAAUGUACCAUCUGCCCAUUGUGCUAGGAGCUCAAAGUUACUGUUCCCCUCCCUGGAUAUUCGCGUGGGCUACUCGCUUAAAAAUAAGGCACUUUUAGACAAUACUGAACUGUACUGGACUGUGUUGUAGUGCUUUUCACAGUGUGGGUCUAGUGUUGACUUGAGUCAGGUAGAUCAAGCGUAGAUGCCAUACAAGCUCCCAAGCACGCAGCUGGGGCCGUGCACUUCAGUCCUGAAUUGCAAACAACAUCCUCUUAGCAAACACCUCCUGUUCUGCCUUAACAUGCCAGGCUGUGCGGUGGUUUCGUUUUGAGAAAAAAAUGUCCAGCGAGAACUAGGCUGAGAAGAGCAAACUCAUCUCUCUCAGACUCGAAGCGAGAUUGAAACCAAAUUUGUUGAGAAGCAGAAGGCUUAAAUGACUGAACUCGCUGUGCUAAAUAAAUAGUUGUCUUUUCUCGUACUGAG